AGAAAAAAAGCUGGGGCUUCCCAUGCACCAGCCCAGUGAAGUGCUGUUUUUGCUGGCAACGGCCCCGCAAUUUUGUUAAAGCCCAGUCACGUGCUAGGGCUCCUCCACCCAUUGACAAUCCCGCGCACAAAAAUUUAUCAGCCAAGGUGCACGCAAGGCCCUCUUUGACAAAACACCAAGCGGCCCAAGCCAGCAUCUACCCUUUCCUAUUUUCACCCAGUGAAAACAGACGCCAUGGGUAGAGUCAUUCGCAACCAGCGCAAGGGUCGUGGAUCCAUUUUCACGGCCAACACGCGCCUGAACAAGGCUCCCGCCAAGUUCCGCAACCUCGAUUUCGCCGAGCGACAUGGAUACGUCCGAGGUGUCGUCCGCGAGAUCAUCCACGACCCUGGCCGUGGUGCUCCCCUCGCCCGUGUUGUCUUCCGCCACCCCUACAAGUUCAAGCAGGUCACCGAGACUUUCAUCGCCAACGAGGGCAUGUACACUGGUCAAUUCAUCUACGCCGGAAAGAAGGCUGCCCUGACCGUCGGCAACAUCCUCCCCAUCGGUGAGAUGCCCGAGGGUACCGUCGUCUCCAACGUCGAGGAGAAGAUUGGUGACCGUGGCACUCUGGGCCGAACCUCCGGCAACUACAUCACCGUUGUUGGACACAACCCCGAUGAGGGCAAGACCCGCAUCAAGCUCCCCUCAGGUGCCAAGAAGGUCGUCCACUCCAAGGCCCGUGGCAUGAUCGGUAUUGUUGCCGGUGGUGGCCGAACCGACAAGCCUCUCCUGAAGGCUUCUCGCGCCAAGCACAAGUUCGCCGUCAAGCGUGGUGCCUGCUGGCCCAAGACCCGUGGUGUUGCCAUGAACCCCGUCGACCAUCCCCACGGUGGUGGUAACCACCAACAUAUUGGUAAGGCUUCUACCAUUUCCCGAUACGCCGCCCAGGGACAGAAGGCUGGUCUUAUUGCCGCGCGGAGAACGGGUCUCCUCCGUGGUACUCAGAAGACGAAGGAGUAGAGUGGCUGGAAUUCAUGGUCUCAUUGGGAUGGUGUUAUACUGGCUUGCUUGCAACUAUUGAAGGUACUGCUGAGGGCAGAAGGCUGGUAGCUCCGAGGGCAAGUACUAUGGCAUUUGGCGCACAAAAUCUGAAGGCCGUUCUCUGUGAAGAUGUGAGAUACCAGGAAUACCAGGAAUGACCUCGUAAUGUUACGAGGCUGGUUGAAAGGAUGCGAUCCCGUUAGCCAAGCCCAGCUCGCCGUUCACACACAAUGUCCCUUUUCUUCGAUGUCAGUAUGUGUCUUGAGAAUGCGUCGGGCCACGCCAUUGGCGUCGUAAGUUGAAUAGUGGUGAAGCUGGAUCAGGUGCAAGGUCACCUGUCGGCACCACUGACAAUCCCAGGUGCGACUAACAGCACAUCGUAUGAUGCGUAAGAAUAAAUCCACCCAAGGUUUAAAUGCUUCGAAGCUCAGGGACAGCGCCUCGUAACUUG